GUCCUUGAGAUGGAGUUGCUGCCCUUUUGGCUCUGCCUGGGUUUUCACCUCCUGACAUUGGAAUGGAGGAACAGAAGUGGAACGGCCACAGCAGCUGCCCAAGGGGGAUGCAAAUUGGUGGGUGGAGCUGCUGACUGCCGAGGGCAGAGCCUCUCUUCCGUGCCCGGCAGCCUCCCGCUGCAUUCCCAGAUGCUCAUCCUGGAUGCCAACCCUCUCAAGACCCUGUGGAAUCAUUCCCUGCAGCCUUACCCUCUCCUGGAGAGCCUCAGUCUGCACAGCUGCCACCUGGAACUCAUCGACCGGGGCGCCUUUCAGGAGCAAGGCCACCUGCACAGCCUGAACCUGGCGGACAACUCCCUGUCAGAGAACUACAAGGAGACAGCAGCUGCUCUCCACACCCUGCCAGCUCUGCAGAGGCUGGACCUGUCUGGAAACUCCCUGACGGAGGACAUGGUGGCCCUGAUGCUCCAGAACGUCUCCUCACUGGAGUCGGUGUCCCUGGUGAGGAACACCAUCAUGAGGCUGGAUGAGUCUGUCUUCGAGGGCCUGGAGCACCUUCGGGAGCUGGAUUUGCAGCGGAACUACAUCUUUGAGAUCGAGGGAGGUGCUUUUGACAGCCUGACUGAGCUGAGACACCUCAACCUGGCGUAUAACAACCUGCCCUGCAUCGUGGACUUCGGCCUCACACAGCUGCGGUUUCUCAACGUCAGCUAUAACGCCCUGGAGUGGUUCCUGGCAUCCGGUGGAGACUCCGUCUUUGAGCUGGAGACGCUGGAUCUGUCUCACAAUCAGCUGCUGUUCUUCCCCCUCCUGCCCCAGUACAGCAAGCUGCGUACCCUCCUGCUGCGGGACAACAGCAUGGGCUUCUACAGGGACCUGUAUAAUGCCUCGUCGCCGAAGGAGAUGGUGGCCCAGUUCCUUCUUGUGGAUGGCAACGUGACCAACAUCACCACUGUCAACCUUUGGGAAGAGUUUUCCUCUAGCGACCUCUCAGAUCUCCGUGUCUUGGACAUGAGCCAGAACCAGUUCCAGUACCUGCCAGAUGGCUUCCUGAAGAAAAUGCCAUCCCUCUCCCACCUGAACCUCAACCAGAACUGCCUGAUGACACUCCACAUACAGGAACACGAGCCCCCAGGGGCGCUCACGGAGCUGGACCUGAGCCACAACCAGCUGUCGGAGCUGUCCUUGGCUCCGGGACUCACUGGCUGCCUGCGGAGCCUCCGCUUGUUCAACCUGAGCUCCAACCAGCUCCUGGGCAUCCCCUCUGGCCUCCUCGCCAAUGCCAGUAAUAUCACUACACUUGACAUGAGCCACAAUCAGAUCUUAUUCUGUGCCCCGCCAGCGGCCUCAGAGCAGGCGGGCGGCCCCAGCUGCGUGGAUUUCAGGAAUAUGGCCUCUUUGAGGAGCCUCUCCCUGGAGGGUUGUGGGCUGGGGGCUUUACCAGACUGCCCGUUCCAGGGUACUCCCCUCACUCACUUAGACCUAUCCAGCAAUUGGGGGGUUCUGAAUAGGAGCAUUGCUUCUCUCUGUGACAUCGCCCCCAAGUUGCAGGUCCUUUCUCUCAGGAAUGUGGGCCUCAGUUCCAGCUUUAAGGAGUUGGACUUCUCUGGAUUCAAAAAUCUGAGGCAUCUGGAUCUGUCAGGAAAUUCCUUGACCAGCUUCCCAAAGUUCCGGGAUGGCCUGGCCCUGCAGACCCUGGAUCUCCGCAGAAACUUGCUCACAGCCCUUCCCCAGAGGGCUGUGUCUGAGCAGCUCCUGAGAGGUUUGCGGACCAUCUACCUCAGUCAGAAUCCAUACGACUGCUGUGGGGUGGAGGGCUGGGGGGACCUGCAGCAUCUGCGGACGGUGGCCGACUGGGCCUCAGUCACAUGCAACCUCUCCUCCAAGGUCAUCCGUGUGGUAGAGCUACCGCGGGGUGUGCCUCAGGAAUGUAAGUGGGAGCGGCUGGACAUGGGCCUGCUCUACCUGGUGCUGGUUCUCCCCAGCUGCCUCACCCUGCUGGUGGCCUGCACUGUCACCUUCCUCACUUUUAAGAAGCCUCUGCUUCAGGUCAUCAAGAGCCGCUGCCACUGGUCCUCCAUAUACUGACCAGGCUGCAUGCCAAGGUUAGAAAUUUGGUCUCUGCAUCCACAUAAGGAUGCUUUCUUGGCUAGAUUUCAAGGUCUGAUGCAAGUCAAUGAAUUGAGGUUUAAAUUAAAAUUUAAAAUGUUUCCAUCUCUUAGUCCCCCUAAGUUCUUUCUCCAUCACUGUGAGUCCUCCUCAUCACCCUGAUAAAAUAUUUAUUAAGUGACAAGCUAUGAAAAUA